UGAAACAGUAGAGAAGAACGUCACCCUCGUUUCCGUUUUCUUGUCGGGCCAGUUUCCGGUCCCGCCAUGAUGUUCAGAAGACAACGAGGAGCAACUGAAAAAAAGACCGUCGAAAUGGAUUUAAAACAACGCAAAUUAUAGAAUUAGAAAGAGAGAUAAUUUACCGUCGUUUUGAAUAGGAAACCUAAGCUAAGUGGUUAUUAAAAGUGUUUAAUGUCCAGUGGCCGUUUUUCCUAACCAGUUAAGUAGUUAGUGUAAAAUAAGGUUUAUAUCUGCGGGGAAAUGUUUUUGUUUUGACUGGUAGGUACCGAGGCCGCAGAUCUCCUUCAUCAUCGUAGGUCACACAACGAUCAACAGCGUUUCCUGCAAACUCCGAAAAGGAUCGUUUUUGAAGGACUUUUAUUUUAUUUGGACGUUUGAUCCCCCCUCCCCCUCCUCCCCCAGACGGAUUGAAGAAGAUUUAUUUUUAUUUUUUAGGACUUUGCGCCGUUUUUUUUCACGGCGGAAGAGCGACGCUUCCGGGCCUCGUUAUGGACUCCUAACCGCGACCCCGGUGCCGCGCUGCUUUCCGCAGCUACAAGGCCCGUUGUUUCCGCGAGAGAAGAGAGAGACUCUUACUGACUGUAUUAAUAACCGGGGGGAAGAAAAAAAACAAACCCCGUAAUGGACACUUGUGGAACUGUACUUUUUCUUGUUGUUUUACCGGACACUUAAUUAACGAACUGACCGGGUUAUUAAGUCCCGGUCUGUCACUACCUAGUAGUUUGGUGUCUUUGACGCAAACAACUACAAGGACUAUCUGUGAAUACUUCCUCUUAGUUCAUUGCCUGUUUUCCCUUCGAUAAUUAUCUUAUUAUAGAAUAAUCUGGUAGCUCCCACCUCCACCUUCAGUCUCAGAUCAUAUCUACUACUGGUUAUUUGUUAUUUCUUUAACUAACGUGUUGUUUUCCCCCUUUCCUUUGUCUUUUGAGUUUUGAAUUUAAGUGAUUAGUUGUGAGAAUGUCGUGUGUUCAUUAUAAAUUCUCGUCCAAACUGGACUACAACACCGUGACCUUUGACGGGCUGCACAUCACCCUGGCCGAGCUGAAACGGCAGAUUAUGGGCAGAGAGCGCCUCAAAGCCACCGACUGCGACCUGCAGAUCACCAACGCACAGACCCGUGAAGAGUACACUGAUGAAGAGGUUCACAUCCCCAAACACUCAUCAGUGAUCGUCAGACGCACCCCCAUCGGAGGGGUCAAACCAGCGGGCAGAACGUUCAUUGUGUACGUAGCUAUGACAUCAUGACCCUGUGACAUCAUGACCCUGUGACAUC